CGCUGCCGCCACCGCCUGCCUAGCCAGCCACGAGCCGAGGGCCUCCCGGCUGUCCCCCUCCUCACAGACCCUCCAGGGCCCAGGCUCCGCCAAGAGCGAGCUGCCCUCGGCCGGGAGUGGGAAGAUGUCGCAGUCCACCCAGCCCACCGCCGCCGACGAGGGGGCCACGUUCCAGCACCUCUGGAGCUCUCUGGAGCCGGACAGCACCUACUUUGACCUUCCCCAGUCGGGCCAGGGGAAUGAUGAGGUGGUGGGUGGUGCGGAGGCCAGCAUGGACGUCUUCCACCUGCAGGGCAUGACCACUUCUGUCAUGUCCCAGUUGCAUUUGCUGAGCAGCACCAUGGACCAGCUGGGCAGCCGCGCGGCCUCGGCCGGCAGCCCCUACGCCCCGGAGCACACCGCUCGCGUGCCCAGCCAUUCGCCCUACGCGCAGCCCAGCUCCACCUUCGACGCCAUGUCGCCCGCGCCUGCCAUCCCCUCCAACGCCGACUACCCCGGCCCCCACCACUUCGAGGUGACCUUCCAGCAGUCGAGCACAGCCAAGUCGGCCACCUGGACGUACUCUCCUCUGCUAAAGAAGCUUUACUGCCAAAUCGCCAAGACGUGCCCCAUCCAGAUCAAGGUGUCCACCCCGCCGCCUCCGGGCACUGUCAUCCGCGCCAUGCCCAUCUACAAGAAGGCGGAGCACGUGACCGAGGUCGUGAAGCGCUGCCCCAACCACGAGCUCGGGCGGGACUUCAACGAAGGACAGUCUGCCCCCGCCAGCCACCUCAUCCGCGUGGAGGGCAACAACCUUUCACAGUACGUGGACGACCCUGUCACCGGCAGGCAGAGCGUCAUGGUGCCCUACGAGCCCCCGCAGGUGGGGACAGAGUUCACCACCAUCCUGUACAACUUCAUGUGCAACAGCAGCUGUGUCGGGGGCAUGAACCGGCGGCCCAUCCUCAUCAUCAUCACCCUGGAGACACGGGACGGACAGGUGCUGGGCCGCCGGUCCUUCGAGGGCCGCAUCUGUGCCUGUCCUGGCCGAGACCGCAAAGCGGAUGAAGACCACUUCCGCGAACAGCAGGCCCUGAACGAGAGCGCUGCCAAGAGCGGGGCUGCCAGCAAGCGCGCCUUCAAGCAGAGCCCCCCUGCUAUCCCCGCCCUGAGCACCAACGUGAAGAAGAAGCGGCACGGGGACGAGGAAACCUACUACAUUCACGUGCGGGGCCGGGAGAACUUUGAGAUCCUGAUGAAGGUCAAGGAGAGCCUGGAGUUGAUGGAGCUGGUGCCCCCGCAGCUGGUCGAGUCGUACCGGCAGCAGCAGCAGCUCCUGCAGAGGCCGAACCACCUGCAGCCUCCGUCCUACGGGCCCGUCCUCUCGCCCAUGAACAAAGCGCACGGGGCUGUCAACAAGCUGCCCUCCGUCAACCAGCUGGUGGGCCAGCCUCCCCUGCACGGCUCGGCGGCCGGGCCCAACCUGGGGCCCAUGGGCCCCGGGAUACUCAACAACCACGGCCACGCCCUGCCGGCCAACGGCGAGAUAAACGGCGGCCCCAGCUCCCAGUCCAUGGUCUCGGGGUCCCACUGUACCCCGCCACCCCCCUACCACGCCGACCCCAGCCUGGUCAGUUUUUUAACAGGCUUGGGGUGUCCAAACUGCAUCGAGUAUUUCACCUCCCAGGGGUUACAGAACAUUUACCACCUGCAGAACCUAACGAUAGAGGACCUGGGGGCCCUGAAGAUCCCGGACCAGCACCGAAUGACCAUCUGGAGGGGCCUCCAGGACCUGAAGCAGAGCCACGACUACGGCGCGCAGCAGCUGAUCCGCUCCAGCGGCAACGCGGCCACCAUCGCCAUCGGGGGCUCGGGGGAGCUGCAGCGGCAGCGGGUCAUGGAGGCCGUGCACUUCCGCGUGCGCCACACCAUCACCAUCCCCAACCGCGGGGGCCCGGCUGGGGGUGCGGGGCCCGAUGAGUGGGCCGACUUCGGCUUCGACCUCCCGGACUGCAAGUCCCGCAAACAGUCCAUCAAAGAGGAGUUCACGGAGAGCGAGGCCAACUGAGGGGGGGGCCGGCACGUCCGGGGCCCCCCAACCCGGUGCUACCGACCCAGAGGGCAGAGAGCCCCGGGAGCCGCGCCGAAUGUCUGCUUCCUUUUUGUCACCAACUGCCCUGGGAGGCAGGACCUCUGGGCUGUGCCGGGAAAGGGACUUGGGCAGGGGGGUGCCCGUCAGGAGGGGCUCCCGGAGCUGCGCUGAGGGUGCGCACCCAGGACCCAUCCUCCAGGGGUCUGGGGGCCUCCCCCUCCCUGCCUUGCCUUCCUGGGGGCUCUGCUGACCGACUGCCAAAAAGUAUUUUUCCAUGUCUCUGGCUCUGGGUAGCAACACGGCUCGGUGCUUGUUCCUAAACACUCCUGUUUUCGGGUCAAGGCUCCAGACUGCGCCUCUGCCUGAGGCCGUCCCUCUGCUGGUCUUGAGGGUCAGUCUGCCCUUGCACACCUGACCGCUGGUGCAAAGCCCACUGCAGCCACCUCCCACUUCCUGCCCCGAACAAAAACCAGAGUUUCACUGGAAUCGGGGAGGCAAGGAAGCUUCUGGUCGGCGGCCUCCAGCCAGCACCCGUGUCAACACCGCUGGCGGCAGCCCCUCUCUCCAGUGGCCCUCUUAGGACAGACACGGACAGCAGGCUCCCCAGACCACUGGAAAGUGUCAAUAUUUGAUAAAAUGAUGCCCUUUUCUACAUGGUGGCCAGGCCUGAGAGCCACGGGGAACAGACCAACCGCCUGGGGGGGUGGGGCUCAGCUCCUGAGGGCCUGCGGUCGCCUGGCAACCCGGACACACCCCCUGGCGGUGCUGAGCCGGCCGGUGGGCCGUCCCAUUUCCUCUUGACACCCGCACAAGGCCCGGGGUAAGUACACUGUUCCUGCGGUUCCGACAAGGAAAGUGAAGCACAGAGGGCUGGCUCUGAGCCCAGGGUCCCAGCCGCUGCCGUGGUGUCUGGCUCUCGCUCCAGUGGCACGCGCUGGGCCCCCAAGUCGUGCCCCGUUGGGAGCUGCAGGCCCUUCCCCCAGCUCCCCUGGGGCCCACGAACCUGACCAAGGAGCAGCUGAGUCUCCGGGGCUCCCGGGGCUGUCCCUCAGUCUCAUCCUGCCGGCUGGUGGGGAGGCCACGGGGGCCCCAGGGUGCUCCUAAGUCCGGGGGGGCUGCGUACCCCCAACCCGGCGGGAGGGGAGGCGCAUCCUCUCAGAGGGCCCAGCACAGGCUCCCGCCCCCUUGGCCCGCGUGAUGAGCCCCCGUGGCUCCUGGGCCUUUGCUCCCGGAGCUGACGGCGGAGCGGCCGUGAGAACUGAGCCGGUGGGGACUUCCUCGUGGUCGCAGGAACACGCACAGCAACAGGAGCGAAGACGGGCUGCACAAAACUUAAAGAUCAAGAGAAGAUAAACCUGUGAAGUGUGAAGAGGCAGGAGGGAAGCGGCCGGGAAAGGGCUGGGCCGGGCCUCAUGGACGCCGGCGGGCUGGGCACAGCUGCCCGGUCCCCACCGGCUCCUCCUGGCUGCUGGGGGCGGUCACCCCGCCCAGGUUUGGGUGGCUUGUUCAGUGGCCCUGGUCCCCAACAUGCAGGGACCAAGAACGCGGUGUCGCUGUCCCCUUGGACAUGCCAGCCUUGCAGACACAAACGUCUGCUUCUGUUUCAUCGGUGA